AAUAAACAACCUUAUGAGAAGAAACGCAGAACCUGUCGCUCACACUCGAAAUACAUUUAGUCAGAAGGAAAACUUGUUUUACAGAGACUUAUUUUAAGGGAAACGACGCCUUUAAAAAUUACACGGGACAAAUGUUUGUCCUGACUUAAAUUAUUUCAGGAUUUUUGUGUCUGAAAAGGAAGUUAGUUAGCCAGCCAGCCUAGGUAGCACCUUCAAGAGAGCAGUCCCUAUCUUAUCAUUUGACUGUACCUCGUUACGCGUUAGCUAAUACUUUGUGUUUAUUGUUAUGCAGUUACCGGAGUACUGUUGCCUCACUCGUUUUCCUCCACCACCUCUUUGCACCCUCACCCCAAUUUCUCUGGCCCCAUGUCUCGGUGGCUGUUCCCCUGGUCUGGCUCAAUAAAGAAGCGGGCCUGUCGAUACCUUUUACAGCAUUACCUCGGUCACUUUUUGGAGGAACGUUUGAGUUUGGAACAACUGAGUUUGGAUUUGUACAAUGGCAGUGGAGUCAUUAAAGAAAUCAACCUCGAUGUUUGGGCAGUGAAUGAGUUGCUGGAGUCAUUAGGGGCUCCCCUGGAGAUAGUGGAAGGCUUUGUGCGGAGUAUAGCAGUUACAAUACCAUGGGCAGCACUUGUCACUGACCACUGCACACUUGAAGUCACUGGGCUACAGAUAACAUGUAGACCCAAGUACAGAACCAGUGGGAGCUGGGACUCCCAAGGCUGGUCCUCAUGUAUGACGUCCAGCAUGCAGCUGGCACAAGAGUGUUUGAAGGACCCACCUGAGGCAUCUGAAGAGCCCCCUGCUCCAUUGGAGGGGCUGGAGAUGUUUGCACAGACCAUUGAGACUGUUCUGCGGCGGAUCAAAGUCACUUUUCUGGAUACUAUAGUGAGAAUUGAGCACCAACCUUUUGAUGCUGAGACCGGGGUUGCCUUAGAGAUGCAAAUUAAACGUCUGGAAUACUGUGAUGAGGCUGUGAGAGACUCAAGUCAGACAGUGCCUGUAGAUAUCCACCAGCCCCCAGCCUUCCUGCACAAGAUUCUCCAGCUGACCUCAGUACAACUGCUAUAUGAGACUAUUGGAGGGCCACAGGAACUUGUUCCAGAAGACCCUGAGGGCAGUGAGGAUGAUGAUGAUAAGAAAGACUCUACCCCUCAGCCUCUGCGGCCACAUUCUGGGCCUCUGCUCAUUGGCAGCUGCUCUGGCUUCAUGGAGACCAUAGUCAAAAUCAAGCAGAAUGACAUGCUCCCAGGGCCCAAGCUGGAGCUGGACGGCAAAGUCGGCUGCCUCCACUUGCUGUUGUCUCCCACUCAGAUUAUUCACCUGACGGACCUUCUGACUGCCCUCUGCAUUGAGACAGAGGGAGGCAGUAAUUCUCAUGGUGCUGGGAUUGGUGCUGGUGGUCACAGUAGGCCUCUGGGUUCAGAUGAUUUGAGGUUGAUAGAGGAGGAUCUCAGCAAGCAGCUCAGUACAGAUGUGGCAGACCGCGAUCUGGAGCUGGAUGGAGAACCUUACAUCUGCAGCCUGGAGAAUGGAGAGAUGUUUUUCUCCAUGGGUCCUGGCGGUAUGACGAGCAGUGUAAUGUCAACACGUUCGGGAAGUGAGCUCUCAGACAGUGACAUGGAGUCCUCAACACACAGUCAAAGCAGUGUAGCUCAGACACACCCUCUGUCUCCACAGGGAAUGCUCAACUGCCCCAGACGUUAUCCUGUACCAGGAGCCUUAUCCAGCAUACCUAGCAGGCCUGCACGGUCCUCGGCCCAUGGUGGCCAGUCAGAAUCUAUGAAGCCUGAAGCCUUGCUCCGCCUCUCUCUGGGUGGAGUCACCCUGACUUUGCUGGAGCAAGAGCCACCUCCUGGUACUGAAGGCCUGUCCCCAAUGGCUGAGGUGUCCCAGGUGUUCUUCCAUGAGCUGGCCUUCUUCAGAGACAGUAUGUUCAGCGAGAGAGACUUUAAGAAUCUGAGAGGCAGUUUCGCUAAAGCUUGCCCUCACUCUCAUCUCAGGUUGACAGGGGCGGCCGUGCAGGUGACAUGCGAGAUGCGUAGCUCCGGGCGGCAUGCGUCCUCUGUGACCUCUGACCUCUCCUUUAGCAGGCUGGAACUGCUGGAGUGCCUGUGGGAGCCAGGCGAGCCCCAGUACACUGAGCUGUUGCAGUUCCAGACUGCUGGUCUCUUUACUGUGGGAGCCACCGCCAGACCUUGUGCCCAACUCCACUACAGCCUGAUGGAAAAACACCAGCGAAAGAGUGGCUCAAAACAGCGCAUGGUGCACAGGGAGUGCUCGGUGUGUGUGGACCUGGGAGAGCUCACCACUGAGGUAGACCUGGACACACUGGGUAGACUGGACAGCAUCAUCCAGGCCCUGAGCCACUGCCCCAGCCAGGCUGCAAAGCCGACACACACCCAGACACAGGCCAUGGUGCAGCUCUCCUCCAUCACCCUCUCUUCCCCCCAUGCUGUGAUCAGGCUGCGCUUCCCCAUCCCCGACCUUCGACCUUUAGGUCAAAGAAGGCCUGUCUGCCAGCGGGCAGUGCGCACCGAGGUACUGACCCUGGAUAUGUCCAGACUGGAGCUGAGGUCGCAGCAGGGGCCGGCCAGUGUGUCUCAGGAGAUGCCCUUUGCCUCGUCGGCCAAGCUUACACAGCUGCUGGAAGCAACCUUCAGCGACAUGCAUGGAGUCUAUGAGGGAUGGGAGGGGGGUUCUUUCCCCUGUAUCUGUGUUCAAAGUAAUCUGGAAUUGGAGAAGACAGAAGGAACACCUAGAAUUGUGGUGCGUGUGAGUGGAGGAGCGGGUUUUGAUGGUGGAGUUGGUGGUGUGGGGUUGAACAGGGAUCUGGGCUCAACGUCUAUGGAAAACCCCUGUGAGAUGAGGGAAAAGAACAGUUCCCCCUUCUCCUCCAACCGCACCAUGUUUGAGACCGAGGAGAUGGUGAUCCCCGCAGAUCCCGAGGAGAUGAAGGAGUUCCAGUCCCUCUGUGUGUCUCAGUGUCAAUGUGAGGUGGAGAUCACACUGCCUGUGGCUUACGUGCUCGUGCCCAGUAAAGUAGCCUUCCAGAGCAUCUACAAUAGGAUCAAUAAUGAUUUAUUGAUGUGGGAGCCUCCUAUUCCUCCUCUGACCUCUUCCAAGAGCACUCCCAACCUCCCGCAACAGCAGAGAUCAGAGGAUGAGUUUCAGCUCUGCAAAUCUGCCUUCAGACUCGAAUCUGAUUCAGAAGAGGAAGAGCCCCAGUUCUGCUCCCCAAGAGAACCUGAUAAAAAGAAGCAACCUGAGCCCCAACUUGACUAUGCCCUAAGUUUCCUAUGUUUAACUGUACUUAUUGGCAAGGGGCGCCUCCAGGUCAUGACGGACACUAAAAAUGAGGCAGGUCGGAGGGUGGAACAGUGCCAUGGGGAACUACUGUUAGACUUUGAAGGGGGAAAGAUUUUCAGUGUUACACAGCACCAAAAUAAUCCCAACCUAAAUUUCUUGACUAUAGAAAGCAAAAAGGUUGAGCUCUAUCACAAAGCGGAAGUUCCAGACUCCCCCACUCCUGUACGAUUAGAAAUACCCAGGUUUGUUCCCCCAAGCCAUCUGGACCCUACCAUUUAUCCCACAGAGGUGGGUGUCAGCAGCGUGGGAGGCAGAGGGGCAGGUGGUCAAAUGUUGUCGACUGCCAUCAAAAUCACACUUGACCCCCAACGCAAUGUCAAGGAGUUUCUUGUUGCCCUACGACUCCAAGGUGCUACUUUACGACAUCACAUGGCAAUGACCAAUCACAGUUGGCACGAACAGUUGGUGGAUUUUCUGGAUGUCAUUGACGAUGAUAUUUUAGGAUACACACCACCUGUCAUCAUUACUGUCUUGCACACACACCUGGCCACCUGUGCAGUUGACUACAGGCCCCUGUACCUUCCACUGCGAGUGUUGUUGACGGCAGAAUCUUUCUCUUUGUCCAGUAACAUUAUUGUGGAUACUGCUACCUUUCACCUCAGGUUCAUCCUGGAUGACUCGGCAUUGUACCUCACUGAUAAAUGUGAGAACGAGACUGUGGAUUUGAGACGAGACUAUGUGUGUGUAUUAGACAUUGACCUGUUGGAGCUGGCUAUUACUACAUGGAAAGGCAGUGACACUGGCAAACUGGUAUUCCAUGUUCAGUCCCAGCCUCUGUUUGACCUGCGCUGCUCAAAUAAUGUGGUUCACGUGCACACCUGUGCAGACUCCUGUGCUGCUCUGGUAAACAUGCUCCAGUACCUGGUCUCGCAGGGCGACCUACACCCGCCCCCGCGCCACACGUCCCCCACCGAAAUCGCCGGACAGAAGCUCCCCCUAUCAGAAGCUCCUACAUCUGUACCCCUCUAUCCACCAGCGGAGACGGCAGAGAUUAACCAGUGCGAUCUUACUGAUGCUUUAAUUGACACAGAAAGGAUCCACCAUGAAGAGGACCAUGAAGACACAGACCCUUCCUCCUCGUUAAAGCGGGCGUCACCUGUCUCAGUGUACCUAUUCCCAGGAGAAGCCCCCAAAUCGCAUUCCUCCAUUUUAGAGGGGGAGGACUUGGAGCUUGAUGGACUAGUGGCCACAGCCAAUGAGGCAAAUGUUGACAUGAUGUCAGAGGAGGGUUCCGAAUGCUCCACUGACAACGAUGACUUCUGCAUCCUAGAGGCUCCAGGCAUGGGCAUUCCUCCUAAGGAUGGAGAGCCGGUUGUCACCGUGUUAUGUCAGGGCCCAAUAAAGGUGCGUGAGGGCUACUUCUCUCGGCCCCGGGGCAGUUCCGACCUGCUGCGCGCCCCUGCCCACUUCCCUGUGCCCCAGAGCAGGGUCGUGCUCAGGGAGGUGUCUGUCGUCUGGCAUCUCUAUGGGGGCAAAGACUUUGGGGGUAAACCCAUCUCCACUCUCACCCAACACAGCCACAGGGGUCGUUCGGCCCCUCCAGGGGCCCGUGGUUCUCCAUCCCGCUCGGCUGGCUCCUCCAGACCCCAGAACUCAUGGCGUUGGGUGGGGGGAAAUGGCAGACAGCAUUCGCUCCUCAUGGAGAUCCAGCUGACUAAGGUCAGUUUCCAGCACGAGUCCUACCCCAUGGUGUCGUCCUCUGCUGUCCCUGGGCAGGACGCAGAAAGUGCGAGCAUGGGAGAGCAGCCCCUGUCCCGGCAGGUAUUCAUCGUGCAGGAACUGGAGGUGCGCGACAGACUGGCCUCCUCCCAGAUCAACAAAUUCCUCUACCUGUACACCAGCGAGAGCAUGCCCCGCAGAGCCCACUCCAACAUGUUGACUGUGAAAGCUCUUCAGGUGCUCCCUGAGUCUGGACUGGGAGGACCAGAGUGUUGCCUGCGAGUCAGCCUCCUGCCUCUCCGACUCAACAUAGACCAAGAUGCACUUUUCUUCCUGAAGGACUUCUUUAGCAGUAUGGCAGCCGGGGUUAACCCCUACCUUUCUGUUGACAUAGCAGCUGAGGUAAAGGCAGACAUUACUCAAAAGCAGGCAGAGGAGGUGGACCAUGGCUCUGGAUUGGGCCCUGAUCUGACUGCUUCUGUGGAGACAACCUAUAGCGAGCAGAGCUCCUCUUCAGCUGGCUCUUCCUCCUCCUCCUCUGACCAGCCAAUCUAUUUCCGAGAGUUUCGUUUCACCUCAGAAGUUCCCAUCUGGCUUGAUUACCAUGGGAAGCAUGUGGCUAUUGAACAGGGCACGUUUGCAGGGAUUCUGAUUGGCCUGGCGCAGCUGAACUGCUCCGAGCUUAAGCUGAAGAGGCUGUGCUGUAGACACGGACUGCUGGGUGUUGACAAAGUCAUUCAGUAUGCUGUGAACGAGUGGCUGACUGACAUCAGAAAGAACCAACUACCAGGCAUUCUGGGAGGUGUAGGUCCAAUGCACUCUGUAGUUCAGCUCUUCCAUGGUGUGCGAGAUCUGUUCUGGAUGCCUAUUGAGCAGUAUAGGAGAGAUGGACGCAUUAUCCGUGGCCUCCAGAGGGGGGCAGCAUCCUUUGGCACCUCUACAGCCUCUGCUGCUCUGGAGCUUAGCAACAGACUGGUGCAGGCCAUACAGGCCACAGCUGAAACAGUGUAUGACAUCCUGUCCCCGACUCCACCUUUAACACGUUACAUCACUGAGGGACGUCCUAUCUCCCGACCUAGACGGACCCCCCAACCAGCUGACCUCAGAGAAGGCGUGGCCAAGGCCUAUGACACUGUCAGAGAGGGAGUGAUCGACACGGCUCAGACCCUGUGUGAUGUGGCCUCUCGCGGCCAUGAGCAGAAAGGUCUUCCGGGGGCAGUGGGUGGGGUUCUGCGUCAGAUCCCACCCACUGUCGUGCGUCCCUUAAUAGUGGCCUCUGAGGCCACCUCCAACCUGCUCGGAGGUAUGCGGAACCAAAUCAAACCGGAUGCAAGGAAGGAGGACUUCCUGAAAUGGCGCACAGAAGAUAGCCAAGAGUGACUGAUGCAGAUGGCUGUUGAGUCUUUUUGGUAGUGUGAAUGGUAGACUGAAGGUGUGAGUGUACAAGUGAACAUGUAUUUCUGAGUAUUAAUGCGAAGAUGAAGAGAUCUGCCGCUCAGUGAAACCUGAGAUGUUUAAGUGGCUUCCAGAUGUUAGUUGCACAUUUCAUCACAUUCAUGCAGUGCAACAUUUUUCAUUGUGCACUUUGGUACAAGCAAAGCUCUCUGUAGGCAGCCAAGUGCAAUUCGCUGCCAUCUCACCUUGUCGGAAAGUAUGCAAUUAUACCAAUCCAGAACACUGUUUACUAUUUACCAAAUGACCUGCUACUAAUUUUUAUUUCCUCUUGGAAAUACACAAAAGGCAUCAGGGUGUUUUCUUAAACUGUAGGACUGUGUAAACCUGUUUAAUAACCUUUGGCUAUUUUAAACUAUGACCCUGAUGUUAUUGUGCCAUGAAUCUGUUUAAUGUCCAGGUGAAAUACAUUUUUGAGCAGUAGUUCUGUCUCUCCUCCUGAUGCCUGCAUACAUGUGUCUAUAGCAUGUCCAUGCUAGUUUCGUAUUGUGUUAACAUCUGUUCCAUUUUGUUUGCUAUUUUAUCAGACUUCAAAUAAGUGGGGAAAGGUCUGCUUAUCUGUCCAGUUUCCCAAGUUCAGACUUGCUUGGUUUUGUUUUGUUAGUUGUGUUUUGGCAAUGGCUUUUACAUUUUUUCAUUAAAUUCAUAAUACAGUUUAAGGCAGGUGAGGUUGUGCGCACAUACAUUCAUGUAUCUUAUGAGUGGGUGAGGGAGGAAUUGUGUAUUUGUGGGGUGAUCUAUUGGCUAUGUGACUCAUAGCGAUCAGUAUGUGUUUUUCCUGUAAUUAUUACUAUAUCAUAAGCUGUAAGAAUCAUCUGUAUAAUACCAAGAGAAUGUGUAAACAGAUUAAUACAAAAAUAAUAAAACAUGUACAUUUGAA